UCACCACCACCACUAGUCCACCACCACCACCACACGGCACACGCCCCUCGGCCUCGCCGCCGCGAUCCCCGCCCCCGCCACGCCGCGCCGCGCCGCGAGCAGCGAUGCAGUUCCUCACCACCUCCGCCGCGUGCUCCUCCUCCGCGCCGCCGCUCCCGCGCCCCGCGCACCUCCUCCGGGUCUCGAGGCCCCCUCCCUUCCCCCACCUCCGUCGCCGCCGCGCUCCCCACCCACCCUCAGUAUCUCUAUCUCUAGCCCCCAAACCCUCGCUCCUCGCCGCCUCGCGCCGCUCCCUGCUCUUCACCCCCCGCGCCCACGGCGACCACCACCACCACCACCACCACCACCACCACGGCCACGGGCACGGGCACGGCCACCAUGGGCACGGCGACGACGGGGUGGAGGUGCGCGGGGGAGGCGGGGGCGCGGCGGUCAUGCGGAUGGCGAGGACGAUCGGGUGGGCCGACGUCGCCGACGCGCUGCGGGAGCACCUGCAGCUCUGCUGCAUCUCCCUCGGCCUUCUCCUGACGGCCGCCGUCUGCCCGCACGUCCCGCUGCUGAACUCAGUCGGGCGCCUGCCGGCCGCGCUCAUCGCCAUCGCCUUCCCUCUUGUCGGGGUUUCUGCAGCACUUGAUGCCCUUGUAGAUAUUGCAGAUGGAAAAAUAAAUAUCCAUGUCCUCAUGGCUCUUGCAGCAUUUGCUUCUAUAUUUAUGGGAAACUCAUUGGAGGGUGGUUUACUUCUUGCAAUGUUUAACUUAGCCCAUAUCGCUGAAGAGUACUUUACAAGCAAGUCAAUGUAUGAUGUGAGGGAACUUAAGGAAAAUCAUCCAGAAUUUGCACUGUUGUUAGAAACAAGUGGAGACGAAUCGGCACACUUUUCAAAUCUAAAUUAUGCAAAAGUUCCUGUGCAUGACCUUGAAGUGGGUUCUCAUAUUUUGGUCAGAGCUGGUGAGGCUGUGCCUGUUGAUGGAGAAGUUUACCAAGGAUCGUCCACAAUCACCAUAGAACACCUCACUGGUGAAACAAAACCUGUUGAGAGGACAGUGGGGGAUGCUAUACCAGGUGGAGCCAGGAAUUUGGAAGGAAUGAUGAUUGUAAAGGUGACCAAAUCAUGGGAGGAUUCAACACUCAACAGAAUUGUCCAGCUGACAGAAGAGGGCCAGCUAAACAAGCCAAAGUUGCAAAGAUGGUUAGAUGAGUUUGGGGAGCAUUAUAGCAAAGUUGUCGUGGCUCUGUCUUUGGCUGUUGCACUACUGGGACCAUUCCUCUUUAAGUGGCCCUUUUUCGGUAACUCAGUUUGUAGGGGUUCAAUUUACCGUGGGUUAGGACUUAUGGUGGCUGCAUCUCCAUGUGCAUUGGCAGUAGCUCCAUUAGCAUAUGCCACUGCAAUCAGUUCUCUUGCAAGUAAGGGAAUUUUAUUGAAAGGCGGGCAUGUAUUAGAUGCCCUUUCUUCUUGUCAGUCUAUUGCUUUUGACAAGACAGGCACAUUAACAACUGGGAAGCUUAUGUGCAAAGCAAUCGAGCCCAUUCAUGGACAUUUGGAUGCGAGUAAUGGUGUCGACCCCUCUUGCUGUACUCCCAACUGUGAAAGUGAAGCUCUAGCUGUUGCUGCAGCUAUGGAGAAAGGAACAACCCAUCCUAUUGGAAGGGCAGUUUUAAAACACUCUGUUGGGAGAGACCUCCCAGUGGUUGCUGUUGAGAGUUUUGAGAGCUUACCUGGUAGAGGAGUUGUUGCUACUUUGAGUGGCAUAAAGGCAAGAGACAAUGAAAGUGAGUUUGCUAAGGCAUCUAUCGGUUCCGUGGAAUAUAUUUCUUCACUAUACAGAUCUUAUGGUGAAUCUGAACAAAUAAAAGAGGCAGUAAAGUGUUCUGCAUUUGGUCCUGAAUUUGUUCAAGCCGCUCUCUCAGUAGAUAAAAAGGUAACCCUUUUCCACUUUGAGGAUGAACCCCGUACCGGUGUAUGUGAAGUUAUAUAUACCUUAAGAGAAAAGGCUAAACUUCGAAUCAUGAUGCUUACUGGAGAUCAUGAAUCAAGUGCUCAGAGAGUUGCUAAAGCUGUAUGUAUCGAAGAAGUUCACUUCUCUUUAAAGCCAGAGGACAAGUUGAAUAAAGUAAAAGCAGUUUCAAGGGAAGGAGGUGGAGGUUUAAUAAUGGUUGGUGAUGGUAUAAAUGAUGCACCAGCUCUUGCAGCUGCAACAGUUGGUAUUGUUCUAGCACAACGCGCCAGUGCAACAGCGGUAGCUGUUGCGGAUGUUCUGUUGUUGCAGGAUAAUUUAUGUGUGGUGCCAUUUUGUAUCGCUAAAGCUCGCCAAACAACUUCAUUGGUGAAGCAAAGCGUAGCUCUUGCCUUAACCUGUAUUGUUUUUGCUGCACUUCCUUCUGUCUUAGGAUUUCUUCCUCUUUGGUUGACAGUUCUUCUCCAUGAAGGAGGGACCCUUCUCGUUUGCUUGAACUCAAUACGAGCUCUCAACCCUCCGACAUGGUCUUGGGCAGAUGACAUCCGACAACUCGUCCAUAGCCUAAAGAACUAUGUCUCGGCAAAGUUGAAUAGCUCCUCCUCAGAUUGCUCAGCUAGCACCGUUCCUUUGUAGACAUGUAUAGCGGCUGUUAUCCUUGUAAUUUUCAUUGCAUGAGCUGUGGGGCGUUUAGGGUGACCUGAUUUUUAUAGGCUGUACUCGUAGCACCACCUUGUAAAGAAAACAUGCCUCGUUUCAUGCUGUGUUCAUAGCAGUGCCUAGCAUCCUAUAAUCCAACUGUUGGCUGA